AUGGACACUCCCAGGGGCAGUGCUCCCCCAGGGGACCUAUGGGGCCCUAUAGGUCUGGCUCUCCUAGGGGCGGCAGAGCACCCGGAACCCCUUACAGGGGCGGCAGCUCUCCCAGGGACCCUCCCAGUGUCGGCGGCGCCUCCGGAGACUCUCACAGGUGCGGCGACGCCCCCAAGGACACUCUCAUUGGCGGUGAAGCGCCCACGGAAUCUCCCAGGGACACUCCCAGAGGCGACGCCGCCCUCAGGGACCUUCCCUAGGGCGGUCGUACCCCCAGGAACCCUCCCAGAUAUAGGCGUUGCUCCCCAAAACCCUCCCAGAGACGGCGGCACCCCCAUGGGCCCUCACAGCAGCGACGGCACCCCUAAGGUCCUUCUCAAGGAUGUCAGGGGCCCUCCCAAGGACAGCAGCGCCUCCAGGGACCCUCCUAAGAACCCUGAUUUCCCCUAA